ACGGCUUGAAUUAUUGACGCUUGGUGGCCUUGAGUGACCCGAAAAUUGAAGAUGAAGACUGAAAGUGUGGUUAAUUUGUCGUAUAUACUCAGAUCGAAAAAGAUGUUCUUCUUUGUAGUUUUAUUGUUUAUAUGGAAAAUAGAAGAAGCGAGUCAGUCAGAACUUUAUCCUGUACCCCAGCAUCAUGUUCAACCUCGCAGUAGUGGCUCAUCCUUUGUGGAUGAUGCAACCGACGAGCUCUUCGGAUUGUUGCUUGCCCCUCUAGGAAGCAAACGAAGUAAUAGCAGGAGUAAGAAGAAUAAUCACAACUGGUCCAAGCUAUUCGGAGGUGGCGGUCAACAUUCUUCCCAUAAAGGAUCGUAUCAUAGACAACCAAACUAUCAUCGUGCCAGUUAUUCGUCGUACGAUCAACAGCGUUAUGCACCUUCGUCUGAAUACCUGAGUUAUGGUUAUCCUCCUACUACCACUCAUAAAAAGUCUACAAGCUAUCCCUAUCCUACAUCUAAUGGUUACAAACAUCAUGUAUCGUCAUACGGUGGACAUAAUCAUCAUCCAAGUUAUUCAUCUGGCGACCACAAUAAGCAUCAUUUGAGCUCUUCCUAUCCUCCGUCAAGUGGUUACAAACAUUCUUAUUCAUCUUCAGGUGGACAAAGCCAUUAUCCAAGUUAUUCUUAUACCCAAUAUGGCAACCAUUAUAAGCAUCCCCCACCCCCUAAAAGGCAUUAUGAAGGCGGUCUUCAAAAUUACGAACAUUAUCCAAGCUACCCUCCAUCUUAUCCCCCACCAUAUGGCUAUCCGUAUGGUUAUCCAGCGUAUGCGAAUAUAACAAUGCAUUCUCAAGGAAAUGCAACAAACGCCACAACUUAUCAUUCUCCACCGCCUUAUUAUCCUUACAUUUACCCUCCCCAUCAUAAAUACCCUCCACCUCACAAGCCAAGUCACUAUGGACCUAAAAAACCCAAAUACGCGGAAAUUGACACGCAUCUGAACUUGCCUCCUGUUAAAUUCAGGCUUCAUCUUCGCCCAAAUAUCAAAAUAUUUACAAACACGACAGACCCAUUGGAGAAAAAGCCAGAUGAUGAAGAAGACCUGCCAUAUCCCCCACCAGAAAGAGAACCUCCAAAGAAGUAUCCUCCUUACCCUUAUCAUUCUCAACAUCACGCACAUCACUAUCCCUCUCCACACAAUACCCAUCACUAUCCCUCUCCACAUAAUACCCAUCACUAUCCCUCUCCACACCAUUAUCCUCCACCACCACCUUAUCCUCCACCAACCUAUCCACCACCAACACCGUCACAUGGUAAAAUCCACUAUGAACCAAAUUUUGCAAUAAAGUUUGACCCCCAAGUAAUUACUACUCCUGCCCCUCUUAAUGACACGUAUACCCCAAUACCUGGAUAUGCUGGAUAUCCGUAUCAUCUUCCCCCACCUGGAUACCCUCCUUAUGGCUAUCCACCACCCAGUUAUGGACAUCACGCACACCACCCUCAAGAACGUUCUUACAACCAAGAUUAUUCCUAUCCAAACUAUGCUAAUCACCGCUAUGAUACACCUCCUCCAUAUCCUUAUCCACCUUAUUAUGGUCAUCACCAUUCUGGCUACGGAGCAACCUAUGAAAAGCCAAAAGAGAAAACCACUACUACUUCAACUACAACCACAACCACAACUACAACUACUCGCCGACCAACAAGAAGAACAACGACUCGGAGAACUACUACUACUAGACGACCUACAACUACUACUAGAAGACGAACAACCACGACCAGAAGACCAACAAGUACCACUACACGACCUACAACCACUACAAGAAGACCGACAAGUACCACUACUCGACUUACAACCACGACUAGAAGAUCAACAAAUACCAUUACACGACCUACAACCACGACUAGGAGACCAAUAACUACUACAACACGUAGAACAACUGCUCGUCCAACACUAAGAUUUACCACAACCACUAGAACUCCACGAUCUACUAGCACUUCUUCGUUUAGUACCACGACAAAAUUUGCUUUUUCGACAACUUCCACAUCUUCGUCGAGCACCCAAAGUCUUGGCGAAGGUGUCAUAACUACCACGACAUCAAUUAUCAGUAGAGUUGAAGAAUUCAGUGAAACUACAACGUCGUUUUCUAGUUUCUCUACAAUAAACCCCAGCCGUACUUCUAUGGACGUAACAGCAACCCAGAUUAAAACUUCAUUGCCAUCUCUAGAUUCUUCGUCCAAAAUUGACGAGAAUUCUGAUAUAGAAAUUAAAAUAAACCCAUCCCGAACCCAGCCAGCAGAGACGUCUUGUGACUCUACACUUCUUGACCACCAAACUGUUACAAAUGCUAUAAAGAAAAAUGUCAGAAAUAUGGGGGAAAAGCAAUCUGUAUCAACCUCAUCAGUAAAAUUUGGUAAUACAUUCGGUCCAGAAAUUGUUGGCAAGUCUUCCCGUUUGCCAAAUAUGCCACUUUUUUCUACCCAAACUGUAACUGUGACGGUGACAGAAAUUCUGCCAAGUAUUGGCUCAACCGACACUAAUAGCGCAGACCAGUUUAAACCAGCAGUCACAAAAACAGAAAUAAUUAUACAGCCUACGAUGACAAAUAUGACGAUUUCAAAUAACCUAGAAAUCACCAAGAAUUUGAAAACAAGAAAUGAUACAACGAACGUUACUGCAAGCAGUUCCCAAAAAGAAAUAUCAAUGAUGUCCCACGACGUUCUCAAAGGUGCAGUUUCGAAUACCAACUGCAACGAAAAUUCGAUUGACUCUAAUUCCAUAAAGGAAGAUAAGACAGAGUCUGUACAAACAGAGACAAUGACGAGAAAUCCUGUGAACAUGUUAGACGAAACUAAAGAUAAUACAGAGAACACAUUGACUUAUUCCAUUGUAAAACCUCAUCCCCGUCGCCUUGUCAAUGAAUACGACGAAGUUAUUCCACCAACUCUAAUUUCUCCUGAUCUUUUGUGA